AGCAGUGAGUCGGAGUCAGAGCAGCAGUGAGUGCCUAGAAGUGUUUAUAUAAAGUGGCGGGUGAAAAUAUUUGGUCGUGUUUUCUAGAUAUUAUGUGGAUAAAAACAAAUAAAAUACGAAGUACAUCGAAUAUUCCUCAAAUACUAAAUGAACUAACUGUAACUGAUGUUUCCAUAAUUAUUUAAUAAAAGAGCAGUUGAAAUGCCGAUUGAUGUUGUAGGGAUUAUGCAUGAUGCGUUUACUGCUGUACAAUAUAGCAAAACAUCGCAUCAGGCUCAACAAAAAAGAUUGAAAAAGCUUUAUUCGAAGGUUGAUCAUGAUGUAUUUGCUGAGGAAUACAUCAAAUGUCUGCGAGUUCCUCUUACUGUGGGCAAAAAACAUCCUCAUGUCGAGAACACACUCUCUUUUGCUGUGCAAUUUGCCACCAGUUUGUACACCCCUAUAGAAAACAUGUCCGAACACAUGUGUCCAUUCUUGAUGCAUAUAUUUGAUUUCAUUCUCAGUCAUCACACUGCCAAAGAUUUGGCAGUACGUUUUCGUCUGUGCCACUUGCUUACAAUGCUGUUGAAUGCCAUGGGCGAUGAUGCCUUUAUUGAAGACAGUCUUUGCGACAGAAUAACAUCAAGCAUGAUGGAACGCUUGCUGGACAGAUCACCCAAAGUUAGAGCUCAAGCUGCUCUUGCUUUGCAACGAUUACAAGAUCCGACUGAUGAGAAUUGUCAAGUUAUCAGAAUGUACAUUUUUCACUUGUCCAAAGAUCCCAGCAGCGACGUUCGCAAAGCUAUUCUCUCAGCUAUUGCCAAAAAUCAAAAAGCUCUGCCUGUAGUUUUGAAGAGAACUCGAGACGUGGAUGAAGGUGUGAGAAAAAUGGCAUACGCAUUCAUCAGUAAAAUCACUGUGAGAUCUUUGACCAUCAAACAGAGAGAAGAUUUGCUCAAUGAUGGGCUCAAAGACAGAUCGGAGAUUGUUACCAAGUUUGUUAAAAACGUUCUUCUGCCUACUUGGUUACUUCACUUCAAGGAAAAUUAUUUGAAGCUCAUGCGAGCUCUCGAUGCUGAAACUGCCACAGAAACUACAAAGUUGGCGCUUGAGACAUUGCUCAAACGUGACUCGCUGACAAAAUUAUUAGAGCAACUUCCCAUUGAUUCGGAAACGAAACUGAUACCGUUAGACAAGCUAACGAGCGAAUCUGUGCUUUAUUGGUGUUGUUUAAUCGAACAUUUGUACCGUGAAGGGUGUACGGACGAGGUUGAGCACUGCCUUCCUGAAUUAACUAAAUUCUGUGAUUACAUUCGUAAUUUCGUCACAAUGAUCGAGUCUAAAGAAUACGAACCGGCCGAUUUGUCGACCCUCAAAUUUAUUCUCUAUCAACUUUUCCAAAUCGCCAAAACCUACGAUCUCUCGGAUGAGAUUGGUCGCUCUAAUCUCAAUCAACUAAUUUUGGAUACCCUGCUUAGUGAACAAUGCUCCGAAAAGGUUGUCGAAUCCUUGGUUUUGUACUUGGAAACCGUCGAACCGAACGUUGACUCUCGUUUGAUUUCACUGGCUCAUGUCAUUAGCGAAAUCAGAUUAACGACUCGGCAAACGGUUUCUACACAAAUUUCAGAGGAGGAUGAACGUAAGAACAAAUACGAGGUGGCAAAGUUGAAGGUGAAAUUAAACGAAAUCCAGGAAGAAGAAUACGAUGCUAUAAAGAACAGAAAUUUUUUGAAAGCGCAAGAACUGAAGGAGCAAAUUGAACAGAUGCAGAAAGAGAUCGACGCGAAGACAAGCAAGAUCAAUCCAGUGGCAAUAAUUGAAAAUAUUUGUGAGGAAAAAAGCGAUGCCAAAACUAUGGUUAAAUGCUUAACAAUUAUGGGUAGUGCAGCUGCUGCAAAAUCGGUAACGACCCUCACGACGACGUUGAGAAGUCUUUAUGAUAAUAUGGCCCUGCCGAUGAUUGGCAAUGUAAAUACAGCCGUCCAUAUUCUUGCCUUGAAGGCAGUCGCUAUAUGCUGUCUUCUCGAUGAACAAUUGGCCGAAAAACACAUGAUGAUGUACAUUCUUCAAUUUACGUUGGAUCCAGACAGUCAAGGAGUUUGGGUCGUUUGUCUUCAAGCAAUUUUCGAUCUUCUGCUACAGUACGGUCUUGACUUUUUUGGCAUUGUACAGGACGAUCACGAUGAUUCGAAAGAGAAAAACAGGAGAAGCGGACAUGUUAAAUUGCGCAACAAUACCGAGGACGAUAUGACCGGAACGAGUCUCAGAUCGGACGAUAAUGACAAUGGAUCAACAAAAUUCGUCAAAAUGCUCAUUGCCCUGCUCGAUAAUGGGGAUCAGGAAUUGCGAACACUCACGACAGAAGGUCUUUGCAAAUUGUUGUUACACGGUAGAAUAAGCGGAGCCCAGUUGAUCUCGCGGCUCCUGAUUUUACUCUACAAUCCAGUAAGCGUCGACGACGUGUAUCUGCGCCAGUGUUUAUGCAAUUUUUUCAAAAUGUACGUCGUUCGUGUUCCCGAAAGUCAAGAAAUGUUGGAACAGGCGUUCAUGCCGACUUUGAAAACUCUCGUAAAUGCGCCUGAAAUGAGCCCGCUACAAGCCAUCGAGCCUCAUCACAUGGCUCAAAUCAUUCUCAGUUUGACCAGCAGCCGAAAUCACAAACCCGGUUUCGAAUCCUACGACGUUCACAAUAAUUUGGCAAUGGCUAUUUUAGCCGAAGCCCUCGAUCCAGUGAGCCAAAUCGAUCAGGAGAGUUUGCUCAAGUCUUUGAAAUAUUUGGACGUGCGCUUCGAGGACAAUACGCUCAAAAACAAUGUUCUCGAGGCGGUUGAUAAACUCGAAGAAUCGUUGAAAGAAACUGACAAACGUUUGGUCAGAUAUAUACAACAAUUCAAGAUUAAAAUCUCUGAAGUCAAUCACCCGGAAGAAACUCGCGAAAACAUUGAACCUGUCGCCGAAGCUCUCUCAGAAACGGAAACUGAUUAACGCAUCAGAAUUAUAUUGUUUCUCGUUUUUCAAAUUGUAACUAAACUAAUUUUCAUUUUAUUUUUAUUUUUUCAAUUUCUAGCAGUUGUUCCAAUCUUCCUCGAAAAUCCUUGCUCAUUCAUUUGUAAUAGAAAAACUUGAUUACGUAAAAAUAUUUCCUAAAAAGAAAGUUUAAUUAUAUAUAUAUUUAUUAUAAUUUUUGUACAAGCAACGAAUAAAGUAUGAAAAAACUGGAACAGAGCCCAUCAUGGAGGUAAGGGAA